AUGUCCAAGCCUCCCAAGUGUUUGAGAGUUCACUUGAGAAGCCAAGAGGAUAUGGAAAAGGACUCUCAGGGAUGGGCCGAGGUCUGGAGUCUUCAUACUCUGUCUCAGUUUAACACCCGAAAUUUAAACAAGAUAUUCUUGAAACUGGACCACUAUGAAGAAUGGGGGCUUGAAAUUCAAGAUAAAACUUUGUGCGACCUGCCGCCACCGCUCCUGUGGCUGCCUCUACCUCCACCUCAUCUGUGACCAAGGCGUCAGGAGGAAAACGAGGCAGCACAGGUACUGAGUAACAUGGGGCGGGGAGGGGAACUGGACUCCACACUGCCCCCUCUGCCUCCCUUUGUCAUUCUGGAGAAGGGGGGAAUCCAUGUAUACUUCACCCUGGAGGCUGUUUCAAAGAGGAAGGAAGAGACUGUCAUCAUAGUGGAGGAACAGAGUGAGAAUGAAAAGGAAGGUGAGAAAAAGAAGAAGAUGGAAAAAGAAAGCAAAGAGAAAUGCUGCGAGGCUGGAGUACAUCCUGUAGACAAUGGAUAAUAUUCACUGGACCUGGAAGGGGCGAACAUCAAGGCAGGCAAAGCCUUUCUCUGUCUAAAGUGCAGAUUCAUGCAGAUGCAAAGGCCCUUCCUAGACCACAAGGAUCUCACCGUUCAGCUUACCCAUAUCCUAGGCUUCUAGGUCCACGCAAUAUCCUUGUAUACCAAAAUUUCAAUCGUGAUCAACCAACGUGAUAAAGAAUUUUUUUUCUAUUUAAUCAGUCUGCAGAUUCAGAAUCUCAGACACAUCUCCAUGGGCUACAAAAUGAAGCUGUACUUCCAGAAAAACUCCUAUUUCACAAAUAUGGUGAUUGUCAAGGAAUUCCAAAAUAACCACUCAGGCCAAAUAGUGUCUAACUCCACCGCAAUCCACUGGCAUUGGGGCCAGAAACCUCAAUCUCACAGGCACAGGAACCAGAAAACCUAUGACAACUUCUUCAGUUGGUUCCCUAACCACAGCCUCCCAGAGGCCAACAUGAUUGCUGAGAUUAUCAAGAAUGAUUUGUGGGUUAACCGUCUUUGCAAACAGAAAGAAGCAAUAGAAAGAAAGGUGAUGGGAGUUGUACUCAACCCAAGGCUUCCCCACAGUAAUACUGAGGAAGAAUGUGAGAUGAUGAUACAGGAAAACUUUGGUGACUGUCAAAGUGUGAAAGAUGUUAUCAAUGAGCCCGUAGACAGUGAUUCAGCCACUGACAAUGGCAUCAAGAUUUCUGACUUCUUGGAAACAACAAACUACUUUGAGACCACUGAUAAUGAGAUAAUUGACAUUAGUGAGAGUUUCUUCGACAGUGACAAUGAGAACACUGGUAAAAGUGAGACUCCAGACAACAAGACCACUAAUAGCAAUGAGAAGAAUACCAACUACAGCAAUGAGAUCCUAAUUAAGAACUCCAAUGGUGGUGAUGAGAGCCCUAAAGAUGGCAACCAAAGCAACAGUAGCAGCAACCAGAGCAGCAGUGAUAGUGACAUUGAAAGAGCUAUUGAGUACAGUGAAAAUGAAAAUAAUAAUGAUAGUGAAGAUGAUAGCAAGGACAGUGAUGAUGACGGCAAUGAAGGUGACAAUGAGGGCAGUGAGAAUUAUAUUCAAGACAUUGACAAGGAUCAAGAUAUAGCAACUACCAAAAUGAGGAUGAGGUAG